AUGUUGCAGACGCCAGAAAAGCGCGUGUUCUUGGGGGUGGACUUUGGUGCCUCUACGACGCGCAUCGCCCUACUUAACCCCGUCAAGCCGAUGCCCACCAUCGUCCGAAACGAUCUCAGCAACGAGGCGACUAGCACCAUAGUUUCUUAUCCCAUUAACGAGGCGCGUUGUAUUGGUGAGGCAGCCUUUUCCAAGCAGAUCACGAGAGUUAAGGAAACGGUUGUGGAUCUCGCACAGUGGCUUUUUGGGUGGAGCACGGGAUUCGUACCUGAUGGCACGUCCACGUCUCAGCGCACCGCGGAGAGCUCAGAGGGAACUCUGUGCGCACGAGUUAUUGGGGAGACAGAGUUUCAUCCCGCGCAGGUGGCAGGCUACUAUAUCAAGUGCAUCCUCGGGUUCGUCCCUGGUGGUUACACAGGCCAGUAUCCGGUAUGCCUAUCGGUACCCCCAGCACUAUCCGCACCAGCGGUUGUUGCGCUCCAUCAGGCCUGUUUCCUAUCCGGAAUCCCGAAGUCGCAGACCAUUUUGGCUCCGAGAGACGAGGCGGUCGCCGUCUACUUUCACCACAUGCAAUACGGCAACCUUGAUGAGAAAACUCCCUCCCAUGUGGUCUUUGUUGAUGUAGGGCAUGCCAGUUCAAGCGCGUGUGUGUUCUCUGUGACCAAAAAUACUAUAGAAAAAGUCGGCGUGCACUCGAUCAACAUUGGGAGCAGUUUCAUUGACGCCUCGCUAUGCGAAUAUAUCGUUAACGAAAUCGAAAAGAAGCAUCCGCAGUGCCAAUUGUCUGGAGACGUCAAGACGUGCCGACGGAUUUUACGUGAAUGCAAGAAAUUGAAGGAGACCCUAUCAACUAUUGAUGAAACAAAAAUACAACUAGAGGGUUUAAAGAAUGAUACGGAUUUCGUGCUACCAAUAACUCGCUCAUUUGUAGAGCAGCGUUCUAUACCAUUCACCGAGGCACUCCAGGGUAUGCUUCAGGAAGUAAAGAAAAUCAUCCCAAGCCCUGCACAAGCAGACGAGGAGCAGGAGUCAAACACGGUUGCGGAGCCGCGCGUUGAGGUUAUUGGUGGAGGCUGGCGGUUCCCAUGCAUAUCCGAUCUUAUUAAACGAGAGCUGGGGGUCUCGCGUUUAGGUGUGUCAUUGGAUGCCGUGAUGGCAAUAGCUGAAGGGAGUGCGAUCCUCGCGGAGUUACGCACCCACGUCGCUCUUUCAUCGGGUUCGGUGGAUGAAAAAUGUGAGAGUAAGGAUAACGAAGAAGUAGGUGAGCCGCAGCAAGCCCAAGAAACGAAAGAGUCUGCGGUACGUGCCAGCGAUCGGCACCCCGUUCAUCAAGUCAGUCUUUUGAAUUUUUCAGACGGGGGGAACGAUCUGAAGCAGUUUUCCGCCGAGGAGGAAGCGGCAGUGGAGCGGUGGGCUGCUAUCGAAGCAAAGCUCUCUGCCACCGACGCCCUCAUCCACGAACGUCUUGACGCCAUCAACCAACUGGAUACAUACGUGCUGCAGACCCUUGACGCGGUUGAUCACUGUGAUGCCGACAAUACCACCAAGGAUGCCGCACGAUCAUAUCUGUAUGGUAUCGACGACUACGUUCGAUCUGAAUGUAACAAUGAUGAUAAGGACAUCAUCCAUGCUAAGCUGGUCGAAGUCAAAGCGCACAUCGAAGAGAAGCAUCCGGAGAUUGAGAAGUAUUACGAAAAGGUCCGGGUAGAGGCAAAGAGGAAGGAGGAAGAACUGAUCAAGCUGAGUCAGCAGCAGAAGGAGGAGGAUGAGGACCUGAAGAGCGAUCCACAGCGCCUUCGCGUGGCGCAAAAGCGUCGGGAGCAGGGGCAAAACUUGUUUAAGCAGGAGUGCUGGCAAGAGGCGCAGACGCGCUUUGUGCAGGCUUUGGCUAUCUUGGGUCAGCUUUACGACACCAGCAGUGAGGAAAACAAGACCAAAAAGAAUGAAAUCUCUCUCUCUUGUCACCUCAAUAUUGCCUCAUGCAGUGUGAAGCUCGGGCUGUGGCGGAAUGUAAUAAACAACUGUACUAACGCAUUGGAGCUGUCUCCGAAUCACCCAAAGGCGUUGUUCCGUCGCGGUCAGGCGUACCUGUCGAUGAAGGACUUUGACGCAGCCGUGAAGGAUCUAGAGAUGGCGCGGGAGUUGAGUAAGGAUGAUCCUGCCGUUGUCGCAGAGCUCACGCGAGCCAAGAAGAGCCUUGGUGCGCAGAAGGCUCAGGAAAAGCGAAUGUUCGCCAAAAUGUUUUCUUAA